AUGUCGGAUAUACCUACAGAUAGAGUAACACCGGUGCAUUUAAUACAACAACGACAACCAAGAAUCCCACCACAAAAUGCCGAUGGUGAUACAAUGGAACGACUUUUUCAAGCAUUAUUUUAUCGUAUUGCUGUUAUUUAUGCUCGAGCCAUUCCAAAAUAUAUUCGUCGAUUAGGAGAAACUGCGAUACUUGUCGUGGCAAUUUUUUGUUUGGGUUUACUUAUUUAUUUUCAUGUUGUAUUCAAUCAAAAACCAAUGACAUGUCUAUCUCAUUUACAUAAUGUAUGGCCGAAAGAUGGUGUACUUCGUGUUGAAUUUUUUUUAGAAACACCACCAGAAGAUUAUAAUCUUCAACAAUCUUAUGCUAAAGAAUAUCAAAAUAAUUAUAUUUAUAAUAGUGAUGAUCAUAAUGAAAAUUCAUCUUCAUCAAAACAAUCAUUAAAUAAUCUUCCAGUAGUUGAUAUUCCAAUUGAACCAUUAGAAAAUCCUGUAUUAGAAGAAUCUUAUUUUAAUAUGAGUAUAAAUUUUUCAUUAAUGUCUCCAAUUAAACCUUGGAAUAAUUUAUUAAUAAAUAAUUCAUUAAAUAAAAUAAUGAAUGAUAGUUCUCAAUUAAUAAAUAUUGAUCAAUUUGAUGAUGAUGAUGAUGAUGAAGAUGAAUCUUUUUUUAAUACUCUCCAUGAUUAUUUAUUUAAUUUUGAUUGGCUUCAACAAUUAUUACUUGAAGAACAAUAUAUUCUUGAAUAUUCACUUGAAUAUGGAUUUUUACGUUUACCACCAAAAACUCGACAACGACUUAAUAUUGAAGUUUUAUUGGUUACAUUAGAUAUAACAAAUAAUACAUGUUUUGGUGGUGGUCUUAGCCGAUUUAUGCUUGAUCAUUUUAUUGGAUAUGAAGAAAUUCUAAUGUCUAGUAUAAAACAAUUGGCCGAAAAAGAAACUAAUAAAGGUUAUGUUCGUAAUGUAAUGACAAAUGAUCAUUUUCGUUUUGUCAGUUCAUUACAAAAUGGUCGAUGGUGGACAUAUUCAGUUGCUUUAUGUAUCAUGGUUGUUUUUACAAUUAGUAUUUCAAUGCUUCUUCGAUAUUCACAUUUUCAAAUAUUUCUUUUUAUUGUUGAUCUUUUACGUAUGAUUGAACAUAAUACAUCAGUUGUAUUUCCUGCUGCUCCAUUACUGACUGUCAUUUUAGCACUUAUCGGUAUGGAAGCAAUUAUGUCGGAAUUUUUUAAUGAUGCAUCAACAGCUUUCUAUGUUAUUCUUGUCGUAUGGAUAUCGGAUCAAUAUGAAAGUAUUUGUUGUCAUACAUCAAUGAGUAAACGUCAUUGGGUUCGAUUUUUUUAUAUAUAUCAUUUUGCAUUUUAUGCAUAUCAUGCACGUUAUAAUGGUCAAUAUUCUCCUUUAGCAUUGACAACAAGUUGUUGUUUUAUUUUUCAUUCAAUGUUAUAUUUUUUUCAUCAUUUUGAAUUACCUGUUAUUGAAGCACAACUUGUUCAUAUAUUUGUUGAUCAAAAUAUAAUAACGCAAACAACGUCUACAAUAGAAAGAAACAAUAGAGAAGAAACUACGACAAUAAUUUCUUAA